GGAUUACGGUUGGGUGAGAUACUCCCUGUGUUAGAAGGUUUGAAUGGAGAUUGGAAACGUUUGGGUACGGUAUUCACAACAAACCGAACCAUGCGCGCUCCCUAGCUCUUCCCUCCCCUCCCCUCCCAUCCAUCACACCAGCUGCUUUCAGCUGCACAACAUUACAGCCAACACCGCCACGCCUCAGGCCUUCGUAAUUGCCGGAAGCCUCUACAACCUCGCUGCCGCCCAAGCCAAGCCUAGGCUUCUCGUCCACCCUCCCUCUCAUCCAUGUCUCCCGCACGGCCUGUUCCGACAAUCCCCAUGGAUUUCCUCAGCGAAAAUAUCGCCGCGCGUGGCUCUGCGAGAAAUUUCGCGAUCGUCCAGAGGGGGAGGGAAUCUGGACGGCUUUCUAGCCAAAGAUAGCGGCGGCAGCCAUGUAGCUUGCUGUCAGUCAGCGAGCGGCGCUUGAAAUGGUGGCAACUUUCAAGUUGCACGUGGGGGUGAAUCUGGCACGUAGCAACCGGUUACUAAUGCAUUUCGCCCAAUGUAAGUUUGCAGCCCGUUACACGAUCCGUACCUCUGGUACUACGAGCCCUUUCGUAAGAGCCAGUGUCCGCAGAAGCUCGCAUGGCCUGCCGGCGCCGCGCAGACCUGGUUCCUCGCGCGCUUUCGGCGCGGUAUUGAACCCUACUUGUAGUCGUAAGAGCUUCGGGAAAGGGGCGAUUGUACCAGCCGCAAACUCCGACUGUCGUUUGAAGAAGCUUCGUUCAAACAGUGCUUUUAGGGACUCGCCGUUCUCGCUCCUUCCGCUGCUCACGGCGUCUCUGACGAGGCGGGUAGCACUAACCUACUAGCUUAGUAGCGCCUACUACGCUACUAGGAGCAGUGGAUAGCCUGAGAGGUAUCGCGACUAUGGAGGACAAUGCCAGCCUCGGAGAUUCGGCUCAACUACCGCCACCAUCGCCGGAGCUACUAUCGUCACGAGCAGCGCGGUCGCGGCUCUCUCGAGCCGGCACUGCUCCGCAGGCAGAACGAUCAUCUUAUGCUGCCAUGUUGUCGGACUUGGAGCGCAUCGUGACCCGGUUUCCGUCGCUGCCACGUGGCAGCACGGCAGUCCCGCCGCCGCCGGCGCAGCCGCAGCUGCAGCCGCAGCACCUGCAGCACCCGCAGACGCCGCAGCCGCAGCAGCAGGAGGAAGAAGACGAGCACAUGAUGCAGAUGAUGAUGAUGGCGUUCGACGACGAUGCAUCCGCCGCCGCCGCCGGGGGUUACGCGCGAUCUUCAUUCCAAUCUAAUUAUGUCGGCGCCGUCGGCGGCAGCGGCGACGGCGGCAGCAGCAGCAAAAUCCGCCCCUUGAGUGUCGAGCCUACCAGGCUAGGGCGAGAUGAACGAAGCCCCAGGGGGGGGUUCGGAGCCAUAACCCUUGACGCGGCUGUGCGCGGGUCCCCCGCAGGAAACCCUCGUGGAGGCGCCUCUCCUGGGGACCAGUCCACCGACCGCGCUACAGUCCGGGCAGCCCCUACUGGCUGUGCUACAGACAGCGCUACAGCCUGUGCUGCAACAUGCGCUACAGCAGAGUGCUUCCGAGGCAGUGACGGGAUGGAGAGAAUGCAGCUGAUGGCGUCGUUCAUGGCCGCUCAGGCUGAGGAUGAGGAGGAAGGGAAGGGGGAGGAGGACGAGGAGGGGGAGGGGGACGAGGGGGAGGGGGAGGGGGAAGAGGGGGAGGGAGAGAAGAAGGGGAACGAACGUAUGAAGGUGGACGAUGGUGAGAACGAAGGGGGGGAAAGAGUGACCGGGGCAGAGAGUGCAAGGGCAAGGGUUGUCACGGCGGCCAAUGCUCCGACCGCCGAUGGCAAUGCUGCGCUCGUUGAAGGGGGGGAAGGGGCGCCUGGCGACAGAGGGGCCAUGGAGACUGGUGACGGUGGUGGUGCUGGCCAUGGUCAUACUUACGGUGCUGGGACUGAUGGGCGGCUCAGGCAGAGGCAGGCAAACAUCAAGCCGAGGUCGAUGAGAGAGCGACGCAGGAGGGAGAGAAUAAGUGAGUCGCUUAGACGGCUGAGGUUGGCAGUGCCUCUUGACAUCCUGGGUCCACACCAAGACUUGGGGUCCAUGAUUGAAGGGGCGGUAAACUAUAUUCAAGUCAUGCAGAUGCGCCUGGCAGAAAUGCAGCAGAGAGUGUUGGAGGGAGAGAUAAGAGCAAGGCUGAACAUGUGACUGUACGGCUGAUAUGAGAUGACCCACUUGUAAUGUGGUGACUAAUGCAGAACCACCGUUUUGUUAUACGCAAGAAGGCAUGCGGAUAGACAUCAGUCUUUCAUGGUUUCACUGCACUGGCCAUUUGUAACGUUUUUAUUGUACUGCUUUCGACCUUGAUUUGUUAGGGAUA